CACGACUCAAACACUUGAAUUGUAAGAUAUAAGGCCAACGGGCCAUGUAGUUGUAUACCAUAACGUUCUCACUGAACAUAUUCUGACUCCUCAGCCUCGGAUCUCUUGGUCGUCUUUCGCGCUCUGGAGACUUGGUCUUUCCGACAUACUUCCUUACCACGCUUGAGUUGACCUCUAUCUUCUUUUUUACUUUAACACUAAACUUCUACAAUGGCUGGUGAUAAGCCCGCUAAGGAGACCAAGAAGGCUGCAGCUGAGACCAAGGCCAAGGGCAAGCGGAAGGACGAGCCCAAGGAGGAGGCUGAGCGCCCCAAGAAGGCCGCUAAGGCCGAGAAGGCCGCUGCUGCCCCCAAGGCCAAGGCUGAGCCCAAGGCUAGGGGCAAGAAGGCCGAGGAGGGCGGCAAGGCCAAGAAGGAGAAGAAGGUCAAGGACCCCAACGCUCCCAAGAAGAACCUCACAGCGUUCAUGUACUUCUCUAACGCCACGCGUGACACAGUCAAGCAAGAGAACCCAGGCAUUGCCUUUGGUGAGGUUGGCAAGAUCCUUGGCGAGAAGUGGAAGGCCUUGAGCGCUGAGGACAAGACCGAGUACGAGGAUAUGGCCAAGAAGGACAAGGAGCGGUACACCAAGGAGAUGGAGGCCUACAAGGAGAAGGCUGGCGAGAGCGCCGCCCCGGCCCCGGCGAAGAAGGCCCCCGCCAAGAAGGCUGCGCCGAAGAAGCCAGUUGAGGAGGAGGAGGAGGACGAGGAGGAGGGUGACGAGGCCGGUAGCGACGGGGAGGACGACGAGGUUGAGGAUGACGAGUAAAUGUUUGGGUUUUUUGUCAGGUUCAUCGGACUUCCACGGCGUUGGUGGUGGUGGUUAGGCGGUGUACAGACUUAUGCUCGCCGCAAUCGGCAUUUGCGGGUGUGAAAAUGAUGACGCGUACUUAAUGCAAUGAACUUGUUUUCACUGUAUGUUUUUACUGUGUAGAACUUUACGUCGGCCCCCACUUAGGGGUGCAUUUGGUUUGGCGCACGACCCAUCGGUAACGUGCAAGCAAUGCAGGCUUCCCAUAUGGAAGGGGUAUCAUGUACAGCUAACGAUCCGGGCCAUUGACAAUGACAUUUACCCGGUAACUUGUUCGGACGGCAGGUCCCCAAGAUUGGGGUGCCAUGGUUCCGGAACUUGAGUUUCCCCAUAUGUAACAAACUCGAGUAG